GCGGACACACGAUUGUUUUGAAUUUGUAGUAAAUAGUGUUUUUCUUGAAGUAAAAACAUAAAAAAUGUAACAGAGUCAUUUUUGACUGCUCAAACUGCUAAAGAAGUAUUCAGUCCACAAAAAAGAACCGAAAAAAGCACGUAAACGCCUGCAAGGGCGUCGAGAAUCCAGCGCACAGCAACGAUAGCAGUGAUGGCCGUACGAAGUGUAGACGGUAGUUGGAUAUGGGCGAUGAUUCUCUUGCUCGGCGUUCAAUAAGUACGUGUCAUGUUUGUCUAUGGGUUCGUCAGUAGAUAAACUACAAACUUAAUAUAGUGUUUAUUGUGUAUUUUUUGUGUACGAAGAACUAAUUUGAUGCAUUAGCUUUGCUAGAGAUUUAAUGGACUGAAAUCAGGGUUGGUUUUGUGAUGCAAUGUUGGAGAGAACAACCCGAUCUUAUUUUGAAGAAGUAUUUACAGAUGAUUUUAAAUAUCUACAAUCGAAUAUUUCAGAAAGGCGAAAUACAAAAGGUAGUGUAAGAUUGAGACAGAGGAGUGAUGAUCUAUUGCUAGAAGAGCAUAUCAUGACACGCAAAACACGGACUAGAAGGCCAAGAAUAUCAGCGCUCCAAUCAGGAUAUUGUGCCGUUUGCAAUGUCCCAUAUAAUAAUGUGGAAGAUCAUAUCCAAUCAAAGAAACACCAAAAGUUAAUAGGGGAAGAUGCCAAUUACAUAGCAUUAAACGGAUCUCUCAACGGAUUUUUACAGAACAACAGUAUUCCAUUUUUGAAUUUAAAUGGUAUUGAUGCUAUAGGUGUACAUGAAACUUCCCUCGAUGAUUUCUCACCGAUGCACAAGAAGCGUAAUAUGCGACGAACGCGGGCAGCAUCGGUCAUGUUUGACAGAGUCAAUCCUUCUCCUCUCUCUCCAACUGGCAGUGAUAUAACAGGCCAUCAUUUAAGAUCUAGACGGAACAUCAAUUACAUGACUCCUCCAUUAGACGAGGAUAGUUUACAGGAGAAACCAGAUUUAACCCUUGUAGAAGAACCUCAGGAAUUGGUGGAGAGUAAGGAAAAGGAAACUAAAGGGUUGAGGUCUACUACAAGGUCUUUAACGAAAGUGGUUUGUCCUGUAGCAGAAAAUAACAAAGAGGAGGAGGUAUGGAACUCUGGUCGACCAAAAAGAGCCUGUAUCAGCAAGAAAAGACUAUCCGCUGAUGAAAGGUUGAAUUCAAGCUGCAAAACUUAUUACAAAGUUGAAGUGGUCACUCCUAAGCUACGCCAAAACUCAGCAACCAAGAGCCAGGAGUCUACAAAGAGGCAACAGUCUCAAUCUCCAAAGAGGGACGAUGAAAAGGAGAAAGGUUUAAUAGUGAAAUUUAAGAAGUUGCGAAAUUCCGAAUUGAUCCAACUAAAUAAUGAAGCCACCAACUUUUUGUUUCCAAAGAAGGACGACAGUAGUGAGGAAGAAGACGACGAGGCCAAUACUACAGCUAGCUCGGCCGAUAGCUGUAGUAAUACUGAGAUAGAAGACUGUAAAACGUCCACGCCAAACGUUAAGAAUGAAGAUGAAACCUCUAUGGAUAGUACGGGAAAGAAGAAGAGGAGGAGGACACACGCUGAGGCUUUCAUCAUGGACAAUCAAAAGUAUUAUAAAUUUGAGACUCCGGGAUCCAGUCAUUGCAGGUUAAGGUACCAAGGAUCCUACCUACCGCUGGUGAUGAAGUCGCCAGAACGGCCUGCCAAAGUUGAGGAAGAUGUAAAGAUCGAAACGCCGCCGGAGGAGAAGAAGGUGAAACAUGUACAGAGUUCAAAAAUAAAAUUGUCCAAGUACAAAUUCGCCUUCGAACAAGUACCGAUUCAUAUGGGAUGGUAUCAGGCUUUCCAGAGACUAGACAACACCGAACAAACAUACCCUUGCUUUAGUAAUUACCUUUGGGAAGAAAUCGCUCUUCCUUAUCAAAUGCGCAGCAUCCAGCCAUUGGACCGUAAAUCUUGCAUUAGCCAUUAUCAAGAACUUCUAAAAGGUUUGAUGGCGGUGGCGUCGGUGAAAUCGGAAUCGACUACUCGAAGCCCUUCCCCCGAAAGUAUGUCAUCUUCUUCGUCACUCUACGAUCCAGACGAAGACAGUAAACUGAGUGCUUCGACCAGUAGUUCUAUCUGCAGCGCUGAUGAUAGAUCAGCGAAAGUAGCGAAGGUAGGAGCGAGGAAGUCCAGUAGGGUAAUAUUGCCGCAACCGACUUCCUCAUCAGGUAAAAAUCCUCGGAAGUCGCCUAGACAGCAUGCCUCUACUUUAGCCAUUCUUAGCGACUUGAUUCAACAAAGAAAACGCCGGUCCAAGCAUAGACAGCCCGUCGAAGAUGUUAACCAAGCUUUGACCACUAUUGAAGAAGAACAAGAAAUAUUGUCGGCUCCAGUGCAAGAAGAAGUUGCUCCGGAACCUCCUCCUCCUCCACCACCAGUUCGAUCACCGUCUCCUCCUCCAGUACAAGAAAACGAAUGUCCUCCAACUCCUCAAAACCAAACCUCCCCCGUUAAGUCUAGAAAAGGGAAACCCAAAAUAGAUUACCAUUCGGUAGUGAAGCAGAUAGACGAUGAGUUGGAUACAGCAUUGGAUGGAGAUAUAGAUAUAGAAGAUUAUGAAAUUGAGAUGUCUGAUGGAAAUGGUGUGGAUUUUAAUAACAGCCGAACAACCUUGGACGAUAUUAUGGGAAUGUACGAGGAAAAUAAUUCCAAGGAGACUGAGAAGAGUUGUAGACGGUUCUUCAAUGGGACGCCAGGAAGAAAACCAGGGUAUAAAAAGCGAAAGUUGAACAAAACCGGAUGGCCGAGUAAAACGAAGAAAUCGUCAAAGAAAGAACCGAAUAAAGAGAAAAGCGAAGAUGAAAAUUCAAGUACUGUCGGUUCUGCCAGUGUGAUCAAUUCAGAGGCAGAAGACUGUGAGGAAGGAGCAAACGUACAGGAGACAGUCGAGAAACAAAAGCCGGAGACGAUGAAGAGAAACAGUAGGCGAAAGGAGGCACCAAACAAUGCAAAGUCGCGUGCGAGUGAUCAAAGUUGUGAUGUUAUUAAAAGCAGGGUGAAAGUACUGUCGAAUAAAUUAGUGAACAGUGAAUUGCCGCAACCGUACGUGUGUGUUCAAAAGUUGGAUAGCAAAAAACUAUCGAAAACCGUAAUCGUUACGCCUCAAAGGACGACUAAAAAGCAAAGGCGGAUGCCGGGGUCCCCGAAAUCACCUAGAACGUUAAGAAAACCUAGAGGUAGAUGGUAUAGAGAGAGAUAGAAAGACAAACGAUACAACUUGUAUUAUUUAUUAAUUUUUUAUGUAUUUUUUUUUAAUUUCAUAAGAGAGAUUGUAUUCUAUUUUGUACCAGAAGUUUAUUUAAACCUGUACAGUAUAGUGAAGAGAAAAUAAAACUCUUGUUUCC